CUUCACGUACACGUUCUUUUAUCGGACCGUACUCCUCCCAAGACCAAACUAAUUGCUUAGAAAUUCAUCUAUUUGACGAAUAAUUCAGAGAAGACAGCUAUGAAUGGAAAAGGUAGAGGCGGCGAGGCGCAGAUGUUGGCGACUUUGUCCUCGUUUUUUAGCGACAAAGACAUGACAGACGAAACUGAGAAAUCGUGUUUGAAAAAUAUGCAAGUUUUCCUUGGCAAAAUCAGCGGCGAUAUGAACCUAGACAAGCCUGAUGGGAUUGAAGCCAUGGCCCUAGCGCUGAAAAGAGACCUGAAAUGGCAAAGACUACAGGCUUACUCUAUUAAAUACAUUAGCGACAAUCUCCGUAUCAGCAGCCACCGAGGUCCUGCAGCAUCACACAAACGUAAAGCCAUAAUGCUGGUCAAAGUAGGCCUCAUCAACGUAGCUACCAAAAUACUCAAAGUUAAAAUACCAGAAUUGAAUGUAGAAAGAGAUCCUAAAGAAAUGAAACGCAGUAUGAUUGACAAUGCACGCCCCGGCACUGAGAUACCAUGGUAUUUGGUUCACUACUACUGUUGCGAUGUUGUCACAUCUAUAGUGAAUGCUCUGAAACUCAGUGCAGAAGUCGGCAGUAGUUCAACCGACCCUACCCUGGAAAAAAUUGCUAAAAGUGGUAUUGUAGAAGCAUUGAUCACUUGUGUUAAUCAAAAUGAAUUUUGUGCCCUUACGUUAUGUGCUUCAGUACGUGCUAUAUCCUGUUUGUGUUCGCUCAGUCAUGAAGCAAGUCAGCGUGCCAUAUUCUCUGGAGUCAUACACAAACUUGGACCUAUUCUUGUUAAAGACACUGCUCACAAGAUAGUGUUCGACUGGGCCAAUAAAGGUCCAAAUGAAUUUGAACUGAAAAUUCUAUCAUACAACAAAAUAGGACUAAUGUCUGAUGACCCACCUGCUCAAGAGAAGAUUUCUAACCGAGAGGAAUACAUUGAUGCCAGUCUGGACUGGAGUUCAAGUCUGCAGACACACUCUUUAACCACUCUUGCAAAUCUCGUCAAUAGGGGUGUGAAAUUUAGUCAUUUUUUUUUUAAAGAGACUCGAACUUUGAAGGCGGUAAUAAAAUGGCUACGAACUGCACCAUUGAUUAGAAGUGAAAGAGUACUGGUUAAACAGGCACUGGGAUUGAUGGCAACGCUAUCAUUUAAUGUAGAUUUGGGUUGGAUUUUAGUGUCUGAGUGGAAAAUCAUCAACUAUGUAGAAAACAUUGUAAUGUACCCUUAUCAAGACUUGGCGUAUGCUGGCUUUCGAUACAUUCAUAUUUCAACUUAUCCUGACUGUAAAGCGAAAAAUUUAAUUGGAAAAAGUGAGACAAUACUUCGUGCAUGUGCAUUACAUGCAUUCAGUUCAAUACAUGAUAUUCGUUCCUUUGUGUUACAAUGCGUAGAGAUGUUUUCAAAAGGAGAUUCUUCACCAACUAUGUUGAAAUAUUUGGGCGCUAGAGAUCUGACCUUAUUAGAGGAUUCCUUUGGUCAGUACGGAGACACCAAGGAUAUGAUUACUUGUAUAAGGGAAAACUACAAGAAAUACGCUCUAAGCCAAUGGAAGAAAGAGUUAGAAAAACUGGAACGCAGUGAUGUCAUUAUUGAUCAGCGAAAAUCUGAAGAACUAAAAAAAAAAGGCAAUGCAUGCUUCAAUAGUGGUCUUUAUGAGAAAGCAUUAGAAUUUUAUAAUGAUGCCAUCAAAAUUUGUCCUAUAACAACUCCGUCAUCAACUAACCACAGAGUCCAAUGGUGUAGUCUACUUGCUACGCUGUAUGGUAACAGAGCUCAGUGUUACAUAAAUUUGAAACGUUGGCAGGAAGCUGUGAGUGAUUGUGAUUAUGCUAUAAUACGAUGCCUACAUUAUGAUCUGAUAGACGUAGGUGGUGCAGCUGACUACUACACUUCAUUGAGUGCUGUAGACUUAACUAAACAAGAUAUAUUCAAAACUUUUGCUGAAGUAACUCCGAUUCUACUUAAAGCUAUGUUCCGUCGAUCUAAAGCUUUAUUCGAAUUAAAAGACUAUCUUCGUGCCGUAGUUGAUGCUGAGCAGUGUGCUUUCAUGCGAAAAGAUGAUUAUACAUUCUAUAUACACUAUGAAAAGGUUCUUCUGGCUUAUCGAGAUAACAAAGGGGUAGAAAAUGCACGACGUUGCGGAUUGUGCUGGAAAGGAGGUGGACAGAAAUUGAAGCGAUGUGCAUACUGCUCUGCUAUAUAUUGCUCAAGAAAAUGUCAAAGUGAGGCAUGGGACAAAGGCCAUAAAGAUAAUUGCGGUUCACAAUUAAAAAACAAUUAAACAAAUUUAUGUUACCUAAUAAUUUGCUUCACUUCGGUUGCG